UUAAAUAAAGUGAAAUUCGUAUAUAAAACAAAUGCAUCAUCAUGUCCAGCCUUAAUAACUUUAUCGAUGGCAACGACAGCUUUCGCGAUCAGAAUUUGCGCUUCGUGAAGAAUGAGUUUGAAGAGAACAUAAAUCAGUUCUUUAGUGGUGGAGCUACAGCUACAGAUCAGGCCGGCAAGGCAGCGCCGCCACGCGACUGGAUUGUCGUACAACCUACGCCCGGUUUCUGUGUCAAGAGCUUUAAGAUCAACAGUAAUGAAAAAUUUUUCAUAAACGUAUGCCAAGCACCGGAAGUGCCAGGACCCAAAGAUAUAUCCGAUGGCGAGCUAAUAAGUAUAUUGGAAUCAACGACGCCCGGAUCGUUUCGCGUACCGAUGAGCAUUUCGGAGAUACGUCAUACCAAAGAUCGUUCUAAUAACUCCGUAGAAGUGUGCGACAUAGCAAUAAAUCCAAAGUUUUUGACGAAAAUAAAAAAGUCGCAACUCUUCAACAAUUUCUUUUUGCAAAUCGUUGCCGAAGCACUCAGCGAAAAAUACAAUGUACAAAUAACGAUGGAUAAGACAAUAAUAUUGAGCAAUCGCAAAUUUAUCGGCACAUUGGUGGCACAUCGUGUGAGAAACGAGGAUAUGCAAAGAGCAAGCGGAGCAGGUGGUACACCUGACGCAGUUGGCAUCGCAAUUCCUGGCAAUAAACAAAUAGAGGAGCCAUCCACAUCUACAUCCACAAAACCUUCGAAACUAGUGCAGGAAAUUGAUGAGCAGCAUGCUGCAACAAUUCGUAACAACUGGGCCAAAAAUCACCAGCCGCUUUACAAGCUACGCGCCCGAAUCCGCGAUGAGAAGGUCGACGAAAUUCAUGCUGAGCUCUAUUUGCCCAAUUGCGUUUCAUCCCAAGAGUUCAGCUUGGAUGUAGGCGAAGAUCGCAUUUUGGUUGAGUCUUUGAAACAUGGCUAUAUAUUUGAUACAUUUGUCAAAUAUCGCCUCAAUCAGGAGCGUGCGCAGGCGCUUUUUGAUAAAACAAGCAAGAUGCUUCAAAUUCGUAUUCCAAUCAUUACACAACGAAAUGGCAUUCAAUGCACUUACAAUAGCCAUGGCAGUGUUGCGCCAAUCAAAAGCAGCUUUGACGAUAACUUUCGACCACAAAAGCCGCUGCAGUCGCAGUCGCAGUCGCAUUCAAAUUUUCUUAGCCGCUCUUUUGAGCCAAGAUCAAACUCUGUUUCCAUGUCUGGCUCUGAUAAUUAUCGUGGGCCUCAGCAUCAACAACAACAGCUGCCAAGCAAUUUGGGCCUUACUCGUUCCAUUAGCGAUCUUAAUUACAGCAACAUUCACAGUAACAACAAUAUUAACAACAAAUCGGACAACGCUCCAUCACGUUUUUACAAUAAUGAUCGCAACUUGGACACAUUCAGACGUUCCGAUAACUUCAGUGGCAUCAGCGGGGGUGGUGGCGGUGGCGGUGGCUGUGGCAUUGGCCAAGAGUCGAAUCAUAUGAGUCGCACCGGCUCCAAUUUCAAGUUCAACAAUGAUCGCCCGGCAGCGCCAUAUGGCCGUCCCAAUAAUACUGGAAACUUUGACAAUUUUAAUGAUCGCAACUUUAAUAGCGACUUUCUGUUGGAAACGGUCAAUGCUUUGAUGAAGAACCAAUCGAACUGGCAAGUGGGCAACAACAAUUAUGGUUUUGGACCGGGUAAACCGAUUGGCGGCGGCGGCAAUCGCAACAAUAAAUGGAAUGGACCUGCGAACAUUGGUGGACCGCCGGGUCCCAAGCCUAAUCAUGCUGCCAUGGGCAAUAGGCCACCGUUCCCCAAUCAGGGACAAGGACAAGGACAGGGACAUAGGAAUGUGACUGUCAAUGGCGGCAAGCCUAAACCCGUUAAUGUGCCGCCCAAGCCGAAUGCGCCGAAUGCGCCCAACGCUGCCCCAAAUACUCAAGCGAAAGGCAUCAACAACAACAACAACAAAAAGGAGAUUGAAACCCAAAAGCCAGCAGAGAAAGCGAUUGUCAAAGUCGGAGCUCAAAAGCGUGUGGCUGAGCCAGCUCCUGCGCCUCUGACCAAGGCGGAUAUCAAGCGUCGCAAGCUCGCAGUUAAGCGUGGAUUUUUGAUCGGCGGCUUCAAGCUGCCCUAUGUUAACAACCUGAAAGUAGCGUUGCCCCAACCCGAGGAUAAAUCGUAUGCGAUUAUGUUCUUCGAACAGUUGCCCAAUUAUAGUACAAGCGGUGAAGAGCUGGAAGAUGAGCCAAUGGCUGAGAUUCAGGAUUACGAGCAGGAAGGCAAAAAUGCUGGACGCACCUUGGUAAAACGCAUUCGCAAACGCUUGCACUACGAGUGGGCCAUCAAGGAAGAGUCCAAGAAAUAUACGUCGUGGCAGAGCUGGUGGACGGAUUACAAGUGGUGCGAGGAGGCGAUUAAGGAGGAGCUGGCCACCUUUGGCAGCGUCAAUUUGCGCAACUGCUUUAUACCUGAUUUGCCACGUCUGACCACUGAACAAGUGGUCGACGUUAUCGUUAAUCAAGCGCAAUUUGCAUUGCAAAAGAAUUCGGACAAUUAUUUCAAUAAUAUGAAGUCCAUAUUUACACUGAUGAAUAUCACAUUUUUGGAGAAUCUUAAGAUGCCCAACACCGAGAAGGUUCAGAAUAUGAUACGAACGGUUCCAAAUGAUUUUUGGACUUACAAAAUGCGCAGCAUGAUCUAUUUGUGGGCUCAAUAUAAGAAAAUCUCAAAGACUUCGUCGCCGGCCACGGAAACUGGACUCAAAGAGCUGCAAGCCAUAGCGCGCGAUUGGAAGAAUCCGUUAUUCCAUUGGAUAGCCAAGCAGGCAUUCGACGAGUUGAAGGCUAUCAGCGAGGUAGAAUGGCCGGAACACAAGCAGCAGUAUCCAACUUUAGAGUCCACUGCACCAUCAUCUUAAAGCAAAUUCUACACCUGUAUGCAUUUUGAACCCCAAGUUAAUAUAAAUUUGAUUAUACAUAUAAAUGAUUUUUAUGUGUCCACCCAUAAGCGAAAAUUUGUAGAUUGAGAAUGAAUAAAUAAAUGCAUACAUUAUAUA